AUGCCAUCCUUGUUCCCCCCAAGCCUUGGCUUUAGCCAACACCCUUCGCCCGUUCCCCAACAUCCGCAAGAUGGUUCCGGUCGCCCGUUUGAGUAUAACACCGACAGUUAUAAUGGAAAUACUCAUCUACCGGGAUUAGGGGGUCCGGGCGCAGCUGGUCCAUUGCCGCCGCCCCCAUUCGCCUUCAUGGGUCCUUUCGCUUCUACUCAGUUCCCCCCUCCUCCGUUUCAUCCCCUCCAGAUGCCACCACUGAGAUACCCAUCGAUUCCAGUACCUUCUGCCCCUAUUUAUGAACCUACUCGCCAUGCAGCGGGCGAUUACCAGAUGGACCACUCGAUCCCGCCGGUUCCUCAGCUGGCAGCUGCUGCAAACUCAGAAUGCGAUCCUGACCGAGAGGAAGGUGAACUGACUGACCGAGAAGCGCCUUCGGCAUUACAGCCAAGGCAACAUGGCCCGAACUCGGGACAGCGACCAGGACACGGCCCCGGCACUCAAGUGCAUCGAGCUCUGAACGGUGACAGUGGCUUGGUAGGGGGUAGUCAGGCGAUAAAGUCGGAUGGUUCAGCUUCAUAUGGUUCAAAUGACUCUCAUCUGUCGGCGAUGGCCAUCUCCGAAGGCUCGGGACAAGGAAGCUCGGAUAUGGAGAAAGGUGGGGCUUCACCGGAAUCUCACCUAUCAUCCAGAAGCAGCGGAUCUCCAUACAACCCCGCACCUCCCACUAUCGACGCAAUCGGACCGAAAGUCGCAGCAUCCUCAAAGCCGCAACGCGAAGGCGUGCCCGAAAACGAAACGAACAGCACAGCUUCGUGCGAGUCGUCGUCUUUGCCCGGCGGUGGAAAGUCACCUGCACAGCUUCGCGUCCAGGCACAAGGGGCCCUUUUAAGCUUAGCGCCUCACAACAUUCGGUAUGGCGAAUUCGUUGGGGAAGGAAUCAACCCAGUCAUUCUUCGCCAACUCUACGAGGAGGUUGGAAUCAAGAUCACCACUCCACAACCGGAGCUUUCAGUAGCCUCCCCGCCUAGUGACUCGCCCUUGGAAUCUGAGCGUUCAACAACUAGCCAGUCUGGAGAACCCGAGUCAGGAACUCGGCCACUCGAUGAUCUAAGUAAUGCGGAUGGGACCUCAGCACAGCAGGCCACCCCUGCAGAGACCGUCACAGCUGUUCCGUCUUCAUUACCAUCGGAGACAGCGAAGCCUAUGGAGCGAAAGGAGGUUAUUGCUCGUAUGCUUGCUGCAAAGGCUGCAAAGAGCUCCGGCGCGAGCGCCCAGGUUCAGGGGGGUGUUAUCAAAGUAUCUGAGCGUCCAGACCUGCCAGAUGCUGACAAGAUGGCGAUAAUUACCCCCGAGGCUGGUCAAACAAAGGAAAAGGAAGUCCGUGUUAAGGAAAAGAACAAAGCACAGACGGAACUUGCUAGGCAGCGGAUUGAGUUGCUCAAGAAGCAAGGCUUGGUGAGGAACGGACAGAAGCCUCAGUCGGAGUCUGUGCCUCCCGAGAAAGGUCAACCACCCAAUAACUCUGGUCAGGAUUUGCCUUCGACUUCCACUCCGAUACCGAUCCAACAUCCAUUACCUGAGCGACCCCCGGAUCCGGAGUCUAAUGCUCCGGCCCGCAUACCUGGGCUUUUCAUGACGGAGGAACCUAUCGCUGAUGAUAGUCCUUCUGUUUCAGCCACUCCAAGCCUUGCUGAUACAACACCACAAGCUCGUAUCAACCAGCGCAAACGGCCCCGAGCAUCCGAUUUCGAUGAGCCCGUACCCAUUCCCAAGAAGUCCUUCAAUAACGGGGUGAAUCAUGGCAUUCCAGACAAUCAAAGACUCAUCAUUGAUAUCAGCGAUGAUGAGUUUUAUGGGGAUGAUGAAAAUGAUAUCAUGGAGGUAGACACUCCAGCAGGAAAGGAAUUGGCAGACACAGAGGGCUUGCUUGGGACGUAUACAAGCUCUGUGGAUGUGAUGCCUCUACGUCCGGCAACCGCUUCGAGUCAGGGGUUCUCUACCUCGGCUACUCCACAGAGCUUGAGGAACAAUGACCAGGAGCACCAGGAACAUCUUCGAAGAAAGAAUUUGGAGAUCAAAGCCAUGCACAAGCGAAUUGCCGAACUUGAAGAGCGCAAAAAAGCCAAGCUGGCAGCGAGCCGCACCCAGUCACCUCGAGCCUCAGAUGUGCCGGCCCCUUCCCCUUCUACAAAUAAUGGGCUUGCCGACGAUGUCAGUAAUAUGUCUAGGCCAUCCACCGAAGCCGAAGAUGGAAAUAGCUUUACUGGACCUGGCGAUGGUAUACUGUCAACUAAUGUGGACAUUGCUCAUAUGGAGCGGAUGAGGGACAAACUGUUGCGCAAACAGGAGAUUGAGGCUGGCAUACCUGCGCUCGAGGCCGAGAUCCACAAGUCCGAAACCAAACUAGCCGAAAUCAAGCACGAAGAAGGCCAGCUGUUAGCCGAGAUCACCAAAGGGAAAGAAGGCCGACAGCAGCUCAUGGAUGAACUAAUCAAUAUCAAUAUAGAACUGAAUGGGCUGACCUUCGAUGAUGUGGAGGCUGCAAUGCGCCGCUCACAGACUGAGGAGCAACCGAGCGAGAACGAAGGUAAGUGCUACUUCCCAUCCUUAUCUGCUAAGCUUGAGUAUCAGGUUCUCGAAAAUGGGGAGAUGACGCCUGAGAUCCCCCAAGCCGAAUUGCCUGUUCAAGAAGAGAAAGAAGCACAAGAAUCCGCUCGUGAAACAGUCCAAGGAGAUCAAAUUGCACCACCCGUGCCCACCAGUGGGUCGAGUAUUGUAUCCAAUGACAAGUUGAUGCAUGAUGUCAGCGACUCUUCGGGAGAUGUAUCGAGUUCUGAUUCCACAGGCUCAGCAAUGGAUGAGUCAAGCGAUAGUUCCAGCGAUGAAUCUGUCGACGAGGACGAGCACCAAGCUCAGACUCCCGUUUCGGAGACGAACGGCCUCGAGGUGACAGAUGAGCCUGCAGAACAUGACCAGCACAACUCAGUGGAGGCAGUAGCAGACCUCCACCAUACUCUACCGGAGCGCCCGCUGCCUAUGGAUGUGGAGCCUCAGGCCGAGCCGGUCGCCGAUGAACAAGCUAUUGAGAAUGAGGGCCAGGCUUCCCGAGAAUCGUCGGUCUCAGAUGGCUAUGAGCCUCCUGAGCCGGAAGUGACCGCAAGCCCCGCUGAUUCCACAUAUUCUCCCCCUUUCAGUCCUGCAUCUCUCGGUCCCGUCGAAUCCAUGGACCUCUCCACGACGGACGGGAUGAAACAGGCUGAUGAGCCGCUAACUGGAAAUAUCCAGGCUUUGGAUAUUCAGCAACCAAGUGCUGCUACUCAGGUUGGCGUUCUGGAUAAUCCGCGGGAACCAGAGGAGCCUGAGCAUAAAUUCUCCCCUUACGUUAGUCCGCUGAAGUAUUUCAAGGCAUAUCGCUACCACCCAAACUUCACUGAAAAUGUGUCGGACGGCUAUCGUUCUCUAACAUAUAGCCACAACAUUGACCCUAUGAAGUGCCUCUGCCCGUUUGAGGCUUCAGGGGGGGUCUGCAACGACCGGUCGUGUGAAUUUCAGCAUUUUCGUGAUAUGACUCUCAGCGAUGACAAAAUUCUCGUCCAGAUGGGAUCUCUCCGAGAAGGCAAGACGCCUGAAGAAAAGGACGAAUACAUCGCGGGACUGAAGCAGAUCAUCAACGACAUGCGACGCGACAAGGUGAAGGAUUUUAACACCGUGGCCACGGAAAUAGCCGCAUACCGUAGACGCUUUCUCCAAGACCCUUCGCGGGUUCUGCCGUUGUAA